AUGAACGCUGUUACUGUGAAGGACGUCUACGAAAACGCUCUGUUGCCGCACCAGCUGCAUGCGCAGUUGUCGGAAAGAGAAGGUCAGCUGCUGACUAAUGAGAUAACUGCGUUGCUGUCCGAUUCGUACUGCAUAGAUGAUACCACGCUAAAAUUCAUAUCCCCCUUUUACACAUUAUCCGAUUACAAGACGUUGAAUCUUGUCAGGAACUCAAGAGGCCGCUGUGCGUACCCACUUUGUGAUAAGUUUCUGAACGGUGGAUCUGUCACUGCAGAGUUCUCCGGCUCAAUGCUGGGUUUUUGUUCCGGGCUACACUACGACUGCAACAACUACAUCCUGAACCAGUUGUCCGAUGACCCUCCCAUUUACCUGCGAGAGCGGAUUCAUAUGGUCUCCAGGUUUGAUUUUGCCAACAUGCGGAAGCAGACGUACCAAGUGGAGCUGUUCGAAGAUUAUCUGAAGAAAAAGGCUACAGAAUACGAUAUGGAUACCAUUAAUAUAGAAUUGGACAAAUUCCGAAUGUCAUAUUGA